CAUAACCAAUGUGAGACAAGAACUAUGCCUCAAAUAAUAAGAAAUAUGGGCUAAUAUUCACCGUGCUAAUAGUGAUACUCCCAGUGAUAGUCCUCCAUUUCCUAAACCUGUACCAUUAUUUUAUAACAAGGGGAGAAAUAAGUAAUUCAUAUCGAUUAGCAAUUGAUUCAUUGAAAGUAGCACUCCUCUUUACCCAUAUAAUCUGAUGAUGAUUCCUAUACCUCACUCUACCAUGGACUAGAAGGAUGAGAAUUUUUAGUAAAAUCCAGUUGCAUUCAAAAAUGUCUAAAGGAGCCAGAGACUCCAUUAUAUCUAAGGACCCAUUUCAAAGAAAUAUUAAAUAUCGAUUUUAUAUCGAUGGUAAGAUAACUUUUCUCAAAGGAUGAAGAGUUUGUAGGAUCAUAAGACCUCCUAGAACAGCACAUUGUUACAAAUGAGGGUACUGAGUGAAGACCUUAGAUCACCACUGCUUAUGGCUUAGCUGAUGUAUUGGGGAAGGUAACUACGCUUACUUCUGCACAUUCCUAACCUCUCUAAAUCUGGUAUUCAUUUUAACUAUUCUCCUAAAUACAUUACUCUUAUUCUGUGAGAACUCGAGUUCUAAAAUAGACUACAGACAGAACUUUGUGUUCUCUCCGUAUGCAAUCCUGUACAUAAUCCUAAGUAUUCCAGUCCUCUGAUUCAUUUUUCCCCUGCUCUGAUUCCACAUUUAUCUCAUUAUGAACAAUAAGACGACUUAUGAGUACUACAAAGCGAAGGAGACCAAAUCUGAGAACAUGGUGAAACAACAGGUUAUCAAAAUCCCUGUUUAUAACAUCAGGAAUGCUUCUUCAGCAACCAUUGCUAAUCUUAACUAUUGUGACCAACCUCAGAGGUGAAGGAAGGUAAACGAGAGUGAGAAAGUCGCCUUAUGUAGCAAAGUUAAUGAAGACCUAAUCGCUGAGUAUGGUAAUGUUGAAGCACCACCCACUGAUAGAUUCUUUGAUACCUAUGGAGGCACUCGAGAAGAGACCAAACAGUCGCUUAAUUACAGGGAAAAUAAACGAACUACCCGGGAAAAUGUCAAUACAGACAGUUCUCUAAAUGAUGUUGCCCCCACAACCAAAAUGAAUAUGAGCAAUAUUUCUGAUAAUAGUGUACGAAUGAAGGAGAUCCAUACUACAGAUUCAAUGGAAAUUAAUUCGAAUAAGCUAAAACUAAAUCUAAAAAUUUGUCCGCAGCUAAAGGAUAGAAAGAAUAGACGUUCAGGCCAGAGAAGAAACGAAAGCACAAACUUGCAGAUUUCAAGCCUCCUAAAGAGGAAAGGACAAAAUAGAAAUAUAGACAACUUUUUGAGCAUUAAAGAGAGCAAAGAAGGAGAGAAUAGUCGGCCUGGGUCUCCUUACUUCAGUACUAGCAAAAAUAAUCUGAAAUCUAACUUGCAGAGGGAGCAAUCACAAAUCUCAGAUAAUCCUCUCGCUUCAGCCACUGCUUUCCAAAUAAAUCUUGCUCAAGGUCUGAACAAUGAUGAUCUAAGGGAAGAAAUUAAAAUAAUGGACGGGGACGAUCUACUUGAAACUCCCAAAGCAAACAAUAUGACUUCAAAGCUCAAUCGCUUAGAAAAGGAAAUAUUUAUCCAAACUGCACAAAGCUCACUGAAAACUCGUAACAAAGAAGUUUCUCCUGAGGUGCAUAUUGCUCCUCUGGAGAGGAAGAGGGAGACAACCUUUAUUAUCCCUGAACAACGAAACAAUAAGAUUAAUUAUAAAGGAAGACAAAACAUCUUCGAAGAAAGUGUUCGAGCAAUCAACUCUAUCUCAAUCGACAGGAAAAGUUCUAAAACUCCUGAAUUAGAAGAAGAUGCGUAUAAGAGCAAUAAGCAUAAUAGCCUAGCUAAUGAGGCCGAUAGUAAAAUUGGUAGCAGGAAGAUGAGCUUUGGAGUGGUCAAAGUCUCAGAUACUCUUGAAGAGAACUUUGAUUCCAUUGAAGUUGAUAAACCAACUCCUAAGAACGCAUCCCCAAAAAUAUCUCCAGAUGACACGCAUAUAAUUUUUGCAGCAGCUCAACCACCUGAUGUUCCUAUAAAUUUGCGAGAGAAAAAGAAAUGCCUAUUAAUUUAGAAAAG